ACACACACACACACACACACACACAGAUGUCUAACCCAGCAAAGACCUCCUACAUCCUCAUUCCCAGUCCCACCCCUGUUAUUCACCACUGCAAGGCAGCAGAACCCUCAACAGACACCGCACGUAUCUCCUCUCUCCGACCUGGCGGCCCCCCCUCCUGGAGUGCGUGGACGGACAAACGGGCAAAAACAUUUCAAUAUAAUGUGGAACUUGGGCUUUGGUGGAAGAUCUGUACACAUGUAAAACACCACGCAGGAGAUAGAGGGAAGUAAACAGGAGUGGGAAGAUAAAAGGAAGACAAACAAGGAGAUUGGAAAAAGCUUCACAUACAACAAGCUGGACUUUCAACAACAACAGACCCCGGUGAUGAUAGUGAUGAUUUUGAUCAUGUGCAUGUUCGUGGUAAUAAAGACGGCAGCAACGUCGGCGCGCGCCCCUGAGUUGGACAUAAAGCCUGGAGUGGAGACCGACGUGGCCAAACACACCGAGCACUGGUGCCCAGAGAUGCGCUUUGGGGUCACAGAGAAUCUCCCCAGCACCCAAUGCCUGAAAGUCACACAGACGCCGAUCACGGUGAUUUCCCCGGGCAUGUUUACCAGCAUGCAGGAUCUCAGGAUACUCCACAUAUCGAGGAACGACAACCUCGAGAACAUCACCGAAUUUGCCUUUGCCAAACACCCUCGACUCACAGAAAUCCACAUCUCUGACAACGUUGCGUUGAAGAGAAUCGAGGCAUUUGCCUUCUCUGAUCUCCCUGAACUCACCGAGAUACAGAUAACCCAGUCAAAGCCCCUGACACACAUCCACCAAGAUGCAUUCAAGAACAUCGUGAAACUGAAGUUUCUGACGAUCUCCGGCACUGGGCUGACAACGUUUCCAAACUUGAGUGAGAUCCACUCCACAGAAAAAGAAUUUCAAUUCCACUUCACGGAGAACAUCCAAAUAAGGCUCGUUCCGGCCAAUGCCUUCCGAGGCCUCUGCAAUCAAACUAUCAGCGAGAUACGGCUCACCAGAAAUGGCAUCAGGGAGGUGGCAAGUGACGCCUUCAACGGCACGAAGAUGCACAGAUUAUACCUAAAAGGAAACAAACAGCUUACUGACAUCAAUCCCAACGCCUUUGUGGGUUGCGGUGGUUUGUCGUUACUGGACAUUUCCCAGACAGCCCUCAGCUCCUUGCCGGACAACAUCCUCAGUGGACUCAAGACGCUGAUCGCUGAGUCCGCCGAUAAUCUGAAAAAACUUCCUCCUCCGCAGCGCUUUACCGAACUCAGCGAGGCCAACCUGACCUACCCGUCACACUGCUGCCCCUUCCAAAGCAUGAAGAGGAACGGAACGAGGUGGCACCCACUAUGCUCCCAGAUCCCUGAUAACCAUGAAGUGAACUUCCGAAAAGACUACUGCGUCAACUCAACCUCCAUCACCUGCAGACCAACCGCGGAUGAGUUUAACCCCUGCGAGGACAUCAUGACCACUGUCCCCUUACGGGUCCUCAUCUGGAUCAUCGCUGUCCUCGCACUGCUCGGGAACACGGCGGUACUUCUGGUCUUGUUAGGCAGCCGCUCCAAAUUGACUGUCCCGCGUUUCCUCAUGUGCCACUUGGCCUUUUCUGACCUCUGCAUGGGCAUCUACCUGGUAGUCAUAGCAACCGUGGACAUGCUCACCCGCGGCCAGUACUACAACGGUGCCAUAGACUGGCAGACGGGCGUUGGCUGCAGUGCCGCAGGCUUCUUUACGGUGUUUGCCAGUGAGCUGUCGGUGUUCACGUUGACAGCGAUCACGCUGGAGCGCUGGCACACCAUCACGCACGCUAUGCGGCUCGACCGCAAGCUUCGACUGAGACACGCAUGCAUCGUCAUGACGGCGGGCUGGAUCUUCUCCUCCAUCGCCGCUCUGCUGCCCACGGUCGGCGUCAGCAGCUACGGCAAGGUGAGUAUCUGCCUGCCCAUGGACGUGGAGUCCCUGGAGGCUCAGGUCUACGUGGUGUCCCUCCUGAUCCUCAACAUCGUGGCCUUCUUCUGUGUGUGCGGCUGCUACCUCAGCAUCUACCUGACCGUCCGCAACCCCUCGUCUGCACCGGCGCACGCCGACACCCGUGUGGCCCAACGCAUGGCCGUCCUCAUCUUCACUGACUUUGUCUGCAUGGCUCCCAUCUCCUUCUUUGCUGUCUCAGCCGCCCUCAAGCUCCCUCUCAUCAGCGUCUCGGACGCCAAACUCCUGCUGGUCCUCUUCUACCCGAUCAACUCUUGCUCCAACCCCUUCCUGUACGCCUUCUUCACGCGCACCUUCAGGCGGGAUUUCUUUCUCCUGGCGGCUCGCUUCGGCCUGUUUAAAACGCGGGCGCAGAUUUACCGUACAGAGAGUUCCUCCUGUCAGCAGCCGGCAUGGACCUCUCCGAAGAGCAGCCACGUCAUGCUGUGCUCCUUGUCCAACGCUUUAAAUGGGAGACAGGAGUCCUGACUGUCAUUUGAAGAUUUGAAGAUGUAGACAGACGAAGGCUUUUUGCUUGAUUGUUUGAAGGGUCUUAUUUCUUUCCGCCCCGAAAGUCCUAGUCUUAAAAGAAAAUUCCUCGUGAGUCUAUUGGACAUAUUGAGAGAAUACAUUGCACCCUUAUUCAACAUUGCUCCAGAGGUGCACUUUUUUUCACGUGUAAAAAAUGGGGAGACACAGAACGGACUGCUAGAUCCUGAGGAUGACGGGCCAACUCACGCCAAUUUUGCAAGUUUUUACUUAUCUCCGAUGUGUUGUGUCUUACGCCAACAACCCCCGGCCCUGACCUCUGACCUGCAACCACACAGAGCACAAGAGUCCUCCUUAAACCAUGUAACCCACUGUAAAACUUUACUAUAUGUGCAGUGUGAUACAAAUAACUUGAAGGAAAGAUAAAGCUAUACAACAACUGCAGAUACUUUGACCAAAUAUAGGUCAAAUAGCUGUCCUAGAUUAUUCCUCGCUUUUGUUUUACACUGUUUGGAAUGCCAGAUGGGUUUGGGUGUCCUAUGUCAUAACAAUUAGAACUAGUAGUCAAAUUAGAAAGAGUAGAGUCGGGAGAGGAGGGUAAUUUUUGAUGAAUGAUAGCUCACUGCAAGGACGUGCUCAUUAAUAAACUCUGCAGUCCUCUUGCCUCCACAUGUCUCCUACACUUCAGUUUGUCUUGAAAUGAAAAACCUGUAUUUAUCUCCGUAUCUAAAUUAUGUUUAUCCUUUGUAAAUGAAAUGACUACCACGUCAACCCGUUUUUAUGUACAUCUGUGUGUUCAAGAAAAAUAAUUGUUAUGGUUGUCAAUGUCAAAUAUGAAUUUGCUUAUUAGAACCUGUGCCCUUGAAUAGCUUCAUUUCAUUUUAUGGCGAAUGUGAGUGCAUGAAGGAAACCUCACACACACACACAUCAAGACAAGCUGUCUUUAUCUAGAAAUGCUGUCCUUCACAGCAUCCACAGUUUUCAAGGACAAAGUGACCCGACCAACCUCAGCCCUGCGUGCCAGGGUGGCUGUUGGGCUGUGGGAGGGGAGGGGAGACUACACAGCUGCUCUCUCUGCUUAUUACAGACAGAUGGAUAUGGCAACUAGAUAAAGCACACACACACACACACACAGAAGCAAGCAGCCCAGAGUUUCAAGGCUGCAGCUGCAAGAAGGAAUCCGAGUCCAUCUCAUUGAUAUGGAUACACUGCCUCCUACAUGCCAACGUAGAAUGUGAGGGUGCAUUUAUACUUUUUAACCACCAGAUGGUGCUACUGAUGCCCGACUGUUGUCACCCCGAUAUCCAGGGAACUACAAACAAACAAUGGAUGGGGACACUAAAGCAGACCUAUGAAGGCGUUCAGCGUAAGGUCCAAUUAAUACAGAUACAAAUAUGUGGAAGUUUUAACGGAAUUAGAAAUUCCACUAUUCUCUUUAAGGGGGUGUCAUUUAUUUCAUGUCUCUGUAUAGACAAUAUAUAAAAUAUAAAUGUAUGUUUAUAUCAAAACAGAGACGUUUAACCAUCUCUAUUAUGAAAAGAGAACAGUUCCAUGCAAGGUUGUGUUAUUGUUCCUGUCUGUGAAUGAAUAAUGUUGUUUCCGAGACAUGCUGAUAAGAUUUAUAGCUCACAACUUGAAACGUCUGAACGACCCCCUUCUCCUAUCCUGCUCCCGCCGACAAUAUAGCACAUGUGGUGCUGACAAUCUAAGCAUUAAGGUCUUAAAACAAAGUACUAGGAAACAAUGGGACACAUUGGGGCCUAUAGAAUAAAACACUUGACACUUGCCAAGUUGUGCUUCUGUUGUUAAUCCUCAAAUGAUGCUUAACUGGAACAUCUUUGAGCAAUAAUAUUUGGGGCAUUCUUUUGACCUUCAUUUUUUGCAUUCAUCUCUUCACUGACAACUAUCUAAUAAAGAGUAAUAACACACAACAAGCAGAACGUUACCAUUAGCAGAGUUUUUUUUUCUUUUACUCUGUAUAAGAUUGUGUAUACGUGUGUUAACCUUGAUUAUAUUUUCCAAAAUCACAUUAAAAAUGAUUACAUCCCUC